AUGUCAGCUGGACGUCAACUAAACUCAGUCGACAACGUCAAGCCAAUUGGCAGCACACUGGUAUACGUCGACUUCAACGUAUCGUCCGACUAUUGCUGGUUCAAUAUAUAUGAGACCGGUCAAAGAGGCAAUGGCGUCAACAGUGUCACGUUCCUGCUGUCAGCCGAGGACCGCAGCGAGACGACAUUGGGCGUGUCAGGGGUUCCAACGACGAGCUAUGCUGCCUCUGGCGUUCCGACCGGUCCAGCCAAACCCGCAAGGACGGACAAGACAUCGUUGACACGAACCACAUUGAAUACCGUCACCGACACGCCAACACCGUCGCUGUCGUUCGUACCUUCGCCGUCUCCUUCUACCUCACCACCUUCUGAGAGCGGAAUGAGCGGUGGUGCCAAAGCCGGCAUCGGCAUUGGUGUCGGUGUCGGUGCGUUGCUGCUCCUUGGCGGCCUAGUAUACUGGCUGCUGCGACGAAAACGAGAGAGGCAGAGUCAAUCGGGAUCCUGGGCUGGAAGGGGGGGAGAUAAAGAAGUUGUGGAAAAGGCGAUUGGUGUUGCCACUAUUCACGAAAUCGGGGACGGUAGACAGCUCCCGCUGGAGCUUGACACGAGCACGGGGACCCUCGCUGAACUACCUGAGGACACAAUCGCUGCGUCUUCAAGCAACGGGAGGGCUCGGCAACGCAGAGAGGCCGCGGCGGGGGGAGCGAAUGAUGUCGAUGAGAAACCUAGCAGCGGGUGA